UUGAACUGACAGCUAUUUUUGGCUGGUAAGAAAGGUAAGAAAAGAAUGACUACAUAGGCCAAAAAUCAGAUUUUUAUUGUGGUUGCCUUGUUAGCUAAUUAUUCUUCCAUUUCCACAAUUUUUAGCAUUCUUUCCCCUAUGAACUAGGUUCGUUUUCACCCAACGAAAUUUUAAAAAUGCUGGAUGUAGCAAAAAUGCGGUUUGUCAAUUAAAGGUUAUCUCCUGUGAAAAAUCAAGUUGAGCAAAUAUGAAAGUUCUCUAGAAAUCUUUUUAUUUUUUGAAAAAUCUUUAUCUGUUCUCAAGAUAUUUGUCUUAAAAGUUGCGCUAAUUAUGUGAAAUUAUGACGUCAUGAGUUUGCAUUGAGCAUAAUUUUGGCAAAUGAAUUUUUAAAUUUAUAUAUGUAAAAUGUUUAAAACAUGUCAAAGUGAACAGCCAGAAAAUAUUUUAAACUCUAUAUGGCAUGUCAAAAAUGUUAAAUAUAACACUUUAAAAAGCAUAAUCAUGACAUCAUGCGUAAUUAGUAGAUUUUCUUAGUCCAAAUUCUAAAGAAUCAAUCAAGAAAAUCAAUCAAUCAGAAAAUGCUUGGAAAAAGCAGUGUGUAGCAAUUUUGAAGAUUUCUUCGAGAUAAGAUCGCACAGUAGAAACACCCGAAACAACAAUUACUUACUGACAAUACCUAGAGUGAGACUUGAAGUAAAUAGAUCUGGUUUUAAAUUUAUGGGAUCAAAGAUUUAUAAUGACUUGCCAAUCAAAAUUCAAAAAUCGGAUACUUUACCAAGUUUCGUAAGAAAAACUAAAAGCUAUUUUAACCUGUAAUAAAUUAUUUUAUGCCUUAUUGUGAAGCUAGUAUUUUUAACUCAUGUUUUUAACUGUUAUAUAAUAAUAUUUUAUAUUUUUUUUUUUCACAGGACAUAUAUUAAAAGCAGUUUUUUAAAAACUGAAUUAUACCCAUCCUGUAUAAACAUUCAUAAUAAUAAUAAUAAUAAUAAUAAUAAUAAUAAUAAGAGUUUUAAAAAAUAUAUUCAAAUUCCUAGACAACCUUUCGAGCUUUUUCAUAUACAAUUAACUUUAUUUUUCGCAGGACAUAACCUUUAACCAAAAUGUCAAUCAUCACUACGGCAACAAAGCUGAACCAAAGGUGUGCAUAUUUUACAUGGCUAGCCUCACAAAUAUGGAGGGAUAUACCCUGUCUAUUAUUUCCAGGAGGGGCCAUGGCUUUGAUGGGGAGUCCUGAAGUAUUUAAUACUGUCUUUGAGCUUCGCAAACUCAAUUAGGGUCAGUGCUCUGCCAGACAACUCCCUGCAACAUCCAACAGUCCACACAUGUGCCAUCUACCCAAUUUUCCUCACAUGCAGAGUUUAAAGUUGUGACAAUAAAACAGUGCAAAAAUGAUGCACAGAAGAUUUAUUGUUCAGGACUGAAAUGCACUUCUUCUAUGUUUCACUCUUCUGCUGCAAUUUUUAUAAAAUUUAGGAAUAAAAAAAAAUAAAGGGACUGGAGUCCUCCUGUUAUAUUAUAUCUUUUUUUAAAAACCACCAAAUUUGUUUUUAUUAUUUUGGCUGUGCUAGGAAAUAUAAAAAUGUGGCAACUUUGCGGAGAGUGUGUGAGAACUUUAGUUAUCACAUUCAGUGAAAUGCCAUUUUCCUGUUUCAUGUCAAUUCCUGUUUCAUGUCUUUUUGUGUUUUAUGUUGGCAAUUUAUAUUUUGUUUCUUUAUUGUACACUCCCAUAAAAGAAUUACUGAAUUUUUAGAGAAAAUAUGAGUAAAAUUUUUUAAAGCUGGAGUUAAAUUGGUCUUAAACGUUGCUGUCAUGAACUAAGAAUUUUUGUUUAUGUUGGCAUUUACCUCUGCAAUAGCCCUAAUUGUUGCCAGCAUGGAAGAAGUUGAUAAUAUAAUAAUACAUUCACUGCAACAAAUUGGAUGUGAUAUUUCUGACGAUGUCAUGACACUGCGAGAGUUUACAGUGGAGAUGAUUGUCCAAGCUGCAUCAAAAUGUCUUGAUCACAUCAGUGAGCAAUAUAACAUUCCAUCAGUUUUACCACCAAGUAUGUCUGCACGAUUUAGGAUUGGAUCUAGUUUAGCUGCAGCUUGUCAGGAACUUGGCUUUAAAGGAGAGAUUGGCUAUCAAACAUUUCUGUAUGCCAAUGAACAUGAGUUACGUAAAAUAUUAAUGUUUUUGAUUGAAAAAAUACCAAAAGAAACAUCAGACACUAACGAUGAACCGCUAGGAAGUGGUGUCUUAUUGAAUAAUCGCAUAGCAGCUGAAUUAAAACGUCAGUUGUCUGUUCCUUGGACCCCAGCUUAUUGUAAGAAGAAAAACAUUCAAAAUUUAGAUAAUGAUGAAUGGUUUUUUCAGGGCACUUCAUCAUUUCAUCAUAUCAAUACAUGUCUUCUAAAGUAUCCAGUUGGAAUAAGCAGUGAAAAAAUCAGCAAAGAAGAACAAUCUGCAUUUGAUAGCAUACCUUUCGUCACUUCACAGCCGACUGAUCAGAGAGAUAUCUAUAUUUCAUUGAUUGAGGAAAAUAAACGACUAGUUACUGAAGAGCACGAAUGGGAGAACGAAUGGAAUCAAAGUGGGAUGGCAACAAGACUUAGUAAAGAGGAGUAUAAAAAGCAGAAAAGAGAGAAGCUAAUGAAGCGCAUCAAGCAAAAAAUAAUAGCCAACUGUCAAAGAAAUACCAAUUUAAAAACUGGUGCAGUAGGAUUAAAAGAUCUAUUGGACUCAAUUGCAGGAAGAGACUCCAAGAAAACCGGCAAAGGAUCAAGAUUUACUCAUGCUGAAAAGCUUCAAUUUGCACAGGACGAAGAAAAAGUGAAUGCAGAAAUUGUUAGUAAGCAGGAAGAAAUGAAUACUACAGAAACUGAGGAGGAACGUCAGAAGAAGAAGGAAGAAGAGCUAAAAACAUUGAGAGAUCAACUUAGUGAGCUUACUCAACAGUUUCAGAACAUUUUGCUGGAGAAAAAGCAAGUGACUGCCCAAAAACAGCAGGUUGACGAACAAUCAAGAAGUUUAGAAACAACAAACAAGGAGGAAGAAGCGGCAUUUCGAGUGAAGAAGAAAACUUUCGAUCUGUUACCGAAUGCUGAGGAGAAUAUGAGCAAGUUGCAAAAAAUCAUCGAAAGUAGCAGUCAAAGAUUAGUUAACUUGAAUCAACAAUGGGAAAAACACCGUGCUCCACUUAUCGAAAAAUACAGACAGUUAAAAGAGGAAAGCAAAUCCAGAACGUCCGAAGUCGAAACUAAAAUCGAACAGGUGCGUUCAUUGCGGGAUAAAAUGAAAAGUGCAGCAGACGAAACGCGUGGAAAGGAAGAGCUUCUGAAACAACUGGCCGCUGAGUUUGAGCGCAUGUCGAAGAAUGUUAACAGAUCUUCGUAUACGAAAAGAAUUUUAGAAAUCGUUGGGAAUAUUAAAAAGCAGAAAGAAGAAAUUGCAAAGGUUUUGCUGGACACGAAAGCUCUUCAAAAAGAUAUUAAUUUUCUCACUGGCAAACUUGAUCGUACGUUUACUGUCACGGAUGAAUUGAUUUUCAAGGACGCGAAAAAAGAUGAGUUCAGCAGAAAAGCCUACAAAUUAUUAGCUAACUUGCACGAGGGCUUUGGAAGUCUUGUUCAAACAGUUGAAGAAACAGGCGUGAUUAUGCGUGAGAUUCGCGAUUUAGAAGAACAAGUCGAUAACAUCAACGAAAACGAAAUUAAUGAGAAUCUGGAGAAAAUCAGUUCUGAUCUAAACCAAAUGAAGAAAGAGAAUAAUGAAAACAUCAACAGGAUUAAAAGAAAAAAUAGAUAAAUAAUUAUAGACUUAUUUUUAUUUCUUUAAUUUUAACUUGGUUGCUAAAUAUACUUUAGAUGAUGUGCUGCAAUGUAAUGAGUAAUUUUGAGGAAGUGUUUGCUUGUGAGAAUCUAAUUAUUAUUAUUUUUUUACUCA